GACUAUGCUUCAAGACCAGGGAACAGAUUUCUUUCGCAAAUUUCCCGUGCAUGUUUCGCAUGAUUUUAGUGAUACUUCUCACCCAACACCAAGUUAACUGAAAGAUUAUUCCUUUAGCAUUCAGAGUUAUUUGGGUAUGGAGUAAUUCAACCUAGAAAAACCCCGAAAUAUUGAUGAAAAUCAGACACUGUUUUCUCGAACUUCGAUAAACAUUCCACUGGAUAAAACAUGGCCGAGUGGCAACGAUCGUCGUAGCUUGGCUCCGAUCCAAUGCAGUCAUCUAACGUACGUGUAUACGUCACGAUGUAUAUUUAGAUAGAUGAGGUCACUGGCUUCAAAAAAGUCUCUCUUGGUGGCGCUUUUGCGAUGUGCUUGGGGCGACCAUCGCGGAUUCAAAAGGGGCGACUUUUAUCUUAGGAAUUUAUUUCCAAACAUUUUUUGAUAAUUAUGACAAAAACAUGGCUCAGAAAUCGUCUGUUUUUACACCUUUGUUAAUCUUUUGACGAAAAGAUAAUUAUAUUGGUGGAGACAGUUUUGGACUACUGGAUGCAGAAACAAUUAAGGAGCUUAUCCCCCAAAUUGGGAUUAGGCUUCGGUUUACUGAGUCUUACAAGACGUACCAGAAGAGAAACAAAGACAACACCAGUGGUAAUGACAAGUCCACUAAUGACGAUCACACUGAUGGUAAAGACCAAGCAGCUGCAGAUUCUGAUUCAUCACAAAACAUUCAAGAUGUUGAAAUGCUGGAUAUGACUGCAAGCAGUAGUGAUGAGGAAACAGUGGAUGGAAACGGCAAAGCAAAGCAUGAAAAACAGACAGAAGUGAAACGGAAUCGUCGUAUGUUUGAUAUCAGGGAUUCUAUCUGCAAAACUCCAAAGGGACGAGCAACUAUUCUUCGAAUGGAAGAAAACAGGAUGGCUUCUAAAGAAGAUAGGAAAGUCAUUGUUCCAGUCCUCGUCAGUUCUUUGAUGAAACACUUUGGUCCAAAUCCAUCUGCUCACAUCAAAAAUGAAAUGGCUCACCUAUUUGUGGAGGAAUUCCCUUUCUUAAAAGAUCCAAGUGGAGUUACUGGUCAUGAGGCCUGGUACAUCAAAGGAGAGAAACACAGACCUGCCAGUGGGUACUUUGAACUCCGUUUGCGAUAUGUCCGUUGGCAAAUGAAUAAGAGUGCAUCACCACAAAACAAUUGCAAGAAAAGGAUUGAACCAGCUCCAGUGAAGAAGCAGCAUCGGACUAGUGAGCAACACCACCCUGUCAAAAUGAUUUUAGAGGAAGAUGAGCAAGAGGCUAUAAAUUGGCUUCAUCAUAAUGAUGCACCACAAUCCAUGGUCUUGGAGAAGAUGAAGAAGACAGCACACGCAAGGUAUAAGUGGUUAAGACAGCUGCCUAGACCAAGCACAGCUGAAAUCUUGAGAAAUAUCCCAGACUGCUGGACUCUGGUGUGGUAGAACAAGAUUUCAGCGAAACAGUAAACAAAUCAGCCGAUAGUCUUUUCUGCAAGUGGCCUGGAUUAGCACCACAGCUUGUCAUGUAUGUGAAGAAUGUCCAUCCUCAGUACAAAACCAGCUUAGACAUCAUAGACAUGGGUGGAAGUGGAGGGGGUGCAAGAGAGCAGCAGGAUCAAGAUGAUGCAGAAGCAACAGAAGAGCAUGGAGAUGUAAAGCUUUCGCAAAUGGAAACUGAAGCACUUGCUUUCGCUGUUUUACCAUUGGUACUCUGUGGACGGGCCAGGGGUAAGAAAGGGAAAUGUUCUGUCUUCGAGAG